GCUUCGGCAGGUGCUACUAGUCUCUCGUCUGACGUGGCUCGCGGCAAAUGUUCGAUACGUACGAGGGAAAAUCGCGCGGCGCUCGAGUUACGGGAAUACGCGAGAAGAAGUACGCGCGAUCGAGGGAGCCGAUUUUCCGCCAAGGUGGAGCGGCUUUUCGAGCGGUAGCGGAAACGAAACCCCGGGGUACUCCAGCAUCAUGAACAUCGAUGAAUUUCGCGUGCGCGGCAAGGAGAUGAUCGAGUACAUAUGCGACUACAUCCGCACGCUGGAGGGCAAGAGGGUGACGGCGAACGUCGAUCCCGGCUACCUGAGACCCCUGCUGCCGAAGGAGGCACCCUUCAAGCCGGAAUCAUGGGACGCCAUCAUGACGGACGUCGACGGCAAAAUAAUGCCCGGAAUCACCCACUGGCAGCAUCCGCGAUUUCACGCCUACUUCCCGUCUGGCAACUCAUUCCCCUCGAUCCUGGGUGAUCUGCUGUCGGACGCGAUCGGCUGCAUCGGUUUCUCGUGGGCGGCCAGCCCGGCUUGCACCGAGCUCGAGACCAUCGUGCUGGACUGGUACGCCAAGGCGAUCAACCUGCCGGCCGAGUUCCUGUCGGAGCAGAAGAAAGGCGGCGGCGUGAUCCAGGGCUCAGCCUCCGAGUGUAUCCUCGUGACGAUGCUGGCGGCGCGAACCCAGACAAUCAAGAGUCUGAAGGAGCACGAACCCAAUAAGGAGGACUCGGCCUUCCUGCCGAGAUUGGUGGCCUACUGCUCUACGGAGUCGCACUCGUGCGUGGAGAAGGCGGCGAUGAUAUGCCUGGUGAAGCUCCGGGUGCUCGAGCCAGAUGACAAGGCCUCGUUGCGCGGCAAUCGGCUCGAAUCCGCCAUCAAGGAAGACGUGGCGAAUGGUCUGGUGCCAUUCUACGUCUCCGCCACUCUGGGCACCACCGGCUCCUGCGCCUUCGACAAUCUCGUGGAGAUCGGGCCCGUGUGCAAGAUGUUCCCCAACAUCUGGCUACACGUGGACGGCGCCUACGCCGGUAAUGCCUUCAUCUGCCCGGAGAUGAGGCCGUUCAUGGAGGGCAUCGAGCACGCCGAUUCUUUUAAUACCAAUCCCAACAAGUGGUUGCUGGUGAACUUUGACUGCUCCUGCUUGUGGGUGCGCAACCGAGUCAAGCUCACGUCAGCGUUGAUCGUCGAUCCGCUUUACCUUCAACACGCUCGCUCGGGCGAAUCGAUCGACUAUCGUCACUGGGGUAUUCCGCUCAGCAGACGGUUUCGAGCGUUGAAGCUCUGGUUCGUGAUGAGAUUGUACGGGAUCAGCGGCUUGCAGAAGUACAUUAGGAAUCACAUAAGGUUGGCCAAGAGGUUCGAAACGCACAUGAAGAAAGACAGGCGAUUCGAGAUUUUGAACGACGUGCGGGUUGGCCUGGUGUGCUUCCGAUUGAAGGAGAGCGAGGAGAUGAAUCAGGAGUUGCUGGCCAACAUUAACGCGUCUGGUCGACUGCAUAUGAUACCGGCCCGAGUGAUGGGCAAGUACAUUUUGCGUUUUUGCGUGACGAAGGAGGAUGCGACCGAAGACGACAUCGAUUACGCGCUUAGCGUGAUCGAGGAGCACGCUACGGAGGUGAUGCUGGCUCACUACGAGGGCACGGAGGACGAGUACAGGGCGAAGGGCCCGAAGAGCCCGGCCGCUCUCGACAAGAAACUCGUUCGGAAGUUCAGCUUCACCAGAAGCGUCACCAGAGAUGCCUACAAGAGAUCUAUCUCCAAAUCCAGCCUGCACGACGGCGCGACGCCCAUCAUGGUCGUCGACGACCAUUCGCAGGUCGACGACAUCGACGACGGCCGUUUUUGCAACAGCAGAUCGUGACGAUGUCGAUGACGGUCCCCGGCGCCGACUCGGGACGACGUAGAGGAUAAUAAAAAGGGUCCUCGCUACACGGCCGUGUGAUGCGGAACUCUGACGGCCCACCGUCACCAAUUUACUGACUCCCGAAGUCGCGUUUGUUGACAAGGACCGACUAUCACUGAUUACAUCACCACGUAAGUGUUUAGCCAAAUCAUCUCCGAUCAAGUUCGCUCAUCAAUCCAAAACGAUUUGUGCUCGUUUAUGGACGACGGAUCGGUCGUAUAUUAUCUCGAGCACGAGUGAUUCUUCGUGGUGACAAAUUGCGUCAAUGGCACAUGAGAUAUUGAGCCAAGUCUUGCGAUAGAGAGCGUGAGAUUCUUAAGCACAUUUUAGACAGUCCGUGAUUCGUGAAAGAAUUCGGCUUAAACAAUUUAAUUACGAACGCACAUGCACGAUGCAAAAAUAUUCGAUUAGUGUAAGCUUUUUUUAUUACGCUCGAGUUUUUAUAAGGAUGAAGAUUUUUUAUUAAAAUUAUAGAUAGAAUUUUGCCGCGCACAGCAAUUCUGUUCCGAUUUACGGACUGUCUAAAAUGGGUUUUAGAUGCGGCUGCGCGUAUAGUUAACGUAGUCGUUUGAUCUAUUUUGGUAUAUACAUAUAUAUAUAUGUCUGUAUAAGCGAUAGAGAGAAAGCUGAAUCAAUGUACAUAUGUAAUACGUGAUAAUGACUGCCGAUGUACGCACGGACUCUAAUAGUUUUAUAUAAAACGUUAGUGAAUAAUUAAAGUGUAUCGAUCUCAAUAGAUUUACAAGUGAAUUAAUAGCAAACGAUACUGGUCCCAGUGUACACCGGAUAUAUCAGAAUUCUAUUUUUUUUUCGCUAGUACUAUAAUCGAAUUGCGAAGAGAUGCGUCAAUGUUGAACAUCAAUUAUGUUACAUUUAGAAGGUAUUUAAGUUUAGAUACAUGAGACAAAUUUCAAUCUUGAUUAGAAGAGAUGAAAAUAAUUAAUGGAGACAUCGUUUAAUAUAGUGUCAUUAUUAAUUAAAAAUUAAUUAUAAAUAAUGUGAUAUUUGAUAAUCUAAUUAAUAAAAAAUCAAAAUAUUAAAAAUUUUAAAAUUUAUAAUUGAAAGUCUACAAUUCUUGGAGACAAUAUAUAGUGAAGUAAAAUUGUACUAGAAUUUCUCAGACAUGAAUAUAGUGGAUGUCAUUACUUCGUAAUAAUUGAUCGGACAAUUGUAUCAAUAGCAUCGACAAAUAAAAAUAGAUUUUAAUUUAGUUAUAGAUAAUUCUAAGAAAAUCAAGGAAUAGUACUUGGGAAAGCAAAUAGAUUUGCAAACUUGAAGAUUUACAGAUUUAGAUUGAUAAUUUACGGGUCGAUGCUAAUACGAAUAUAUUAAUGUACAUGUACGCUUGUCUCCGAUGACUUGCAUCAAUUUGUAAAAUUUCAAUACGUACAAAGGUAAUCACAGGAGAAUCACCCGAUUAUAUUAGAAUGUCAUAAACAUGAUAAGUAGAAUGAUUAUGAAACAUUUAUUUCAUAUGUACAGAUGUUAUAAUAAAAGUAAAGUUCGUAAGAUAA